GGCUGAUCUUUGUGCGAACGAAGCGGAGCGGUCGCAGUUAGCAACGGACACACACACACACACACACGGAGAGGAAGCAGAAGAAGCAGCAGAAGCAGAAGAAGAAGAAGCAGAAGAAGCAGACAACCUUUGAGCCUGAACACCGACACACACACCGACCGGCCCGUGGCAGUGGCGGCCCUGAAGAUGGUCAUCUGGUGAGGAGUGCCAAAGCUUUUAGGUGGAGGAGUGGCAGACAGCGCCACCAAGGCGUGCAGAGUGGGACCACAUCCCGUCUCACAACCCCGACAACCAGCUUCCCGAAGCGCUGCCGCCGCCGCCAGAUGGACUGCGCACUCUGAGAGGAGCAGAGCGAGUCAGGACAGAAAUCAACCGAGGAGAGGAGCCAGGGGGGGCCAACGCUCGCUCGCUCACCGGCGCAGGAAAGGAGGGCAUUGUUCGGUCGGACAGGACAAAGGGCUCCACUAUGUCGUCAAACAGGACCCAGAACCCCCACGGACUGAAACAGAUAGGCCUGGACCAGAUAUGGGACGACCUGCGGGCUGGCAUCCAGCAGGUGUACACACGGCAAAGCAUGGCCAAGUCACGCUACAUGGAACUCUACACACAUGUAUAUAACUAUUGUACCAGCGUCCACCAGUCCAGCCAGGGCCGGGGCUCUGUGCCGCCAGCCAAGCCCUCCAAAAAGUCCACCACUCCAGGCGGAGCUCAGUUUGUAGGCCUGGAGCUCUACAAGCGACUCAAGGAGUUCCUGAAGAACUAUUUGACCAGCCUGCUCAAGGAUGGCGAGGAUCUAAUGGACGAGUGCGUGUUGAAGUUUUACACCCAGCAGUGGGAGGAUUACCGUUUCUCUAGUAAGGUCCUCAACGGGAUCUGUGCCUACCUCAACCGCCACUGGGUCAGACGAGAGUGUGACGAGGGACGCAAGGGAAUCUACGAGAUAUACUCGCUGGCGCUCGUGACCUGGAGGGAGUGUUUAUUCCGACCCCUCAACAAACAAGUAACAAACGCCGUGCUGAAGCUGAUAGAGCGAGAGAGGAAUGGCGAGACCAUUAACACCAGACUGAUCAGCGGUGUGGUCCAGUCUUAUGUCGAGCUGGGUCUGAACGAGGAGGACGCCUUCGCCAAAGGCCCCACGCUGUCCGUGUACAAAGAGUACUUUGAAUGUCAGUUCCUCACUGACACAGAACGUUUCUACACUCGCGAGAGCACGGAGUUCCUGCAGCAGAACCCCGUCACGGAGUACAUGAAGAAGGCGGAGGCCCGUCUGCUGGAGGAGCAGCGACGCGUGCAGGUGUACCUCCAUGAAUCCACCCAGGACGAGCUGGCCAGGAAGUGUGAGCAGGUCCUCAUAGAGAAACACCUGGAGAUCUUCCACACCGAGUUCCAGAACCUUCUGGACGCCGACAAGAACGAAGACCUGGGCCGGAUGUACAACCUGGUGUCACGGAUCACAGACGGCCUGGGCGAGCUGAAGAAACUUCUAGAGACUCACAUCCACAACCAGGGCCUGGCUGCUAUCGAGAAGUGUGGAGAGGCCGCGCUGAACGACCCCAAAGUUUACGUCCAGACCACCCUGGACGUCCACAAGAAGUACAACGCCUUGGUCAUGUCUGCCUUCAACAACGACGCCGGCUUUGUGGCGGCACUCGACAAGGCGUGCGGUCGAUUCAUCAACAACAACGCCGUCACCAGGAUGGCGCAGUCGUCCAGCAAAUCUCCCGAGCUGCUGGCCAGAUACUGCGAUUCUUUACUGAAGAAGAGCUCUAAAAACCCAGAGGAGGCAGAACUGGAGGACACACUCAACCAAGUGAUGGUUGUGUUCAAGUACAUCGAGGACAAAGACGUCUUCCAGAAGUUUUAUGCUAAGAUGUUGGCCAAACGUCUGGUCCACCAGAACAGCGCCAGUGACGACGCCGAGGCCAGCAUGAUCUCCAAACUCAAGCAAGCGUGCGGCUUCGAGUACACGUCCAAACUACAGCGAAUGUUCCAGGAUAUCGGAGUCAGUAAAGACCUCAACGAACAGUUCAAGAAACACCUGACCAACUCUGAGCCGCUGGACUUGGACUUCAGUAUCCAGGUCCUCAGCUCCGGGUCUUGGCCUUUCCAGCAGUCCUGCACCUUCGCUCUGCCGUCUGAGCUGGAGCGAAGCUACCAGCGCUUCACGGCGUUUUACGCCAGCAGACACAGCGGCAGGAAGCUGACCUGGCUCUAUCACCUGUCCAAAGGAGAGCUGGUCACCAACUGCUUCAAGAACAGGUACACACUGCAGGCCUCCACCUUCCAGAUGGCCAUCCUGCUGCAGUACAACACGGAGGACAGCUACACCGUCCAACAGCUGACCGACAGCACACAGAUCAAAACUGACAUUCUGGUUCAGGUUCUGCAGAUUUUGUUAAAGUCGAAGCUGCUGGUGAUGGAGGACGAGAACGCCAACGUGGACGAGAUGGACUUCAAACCCGACACCGUCAUCAAACUUUUCCUCGGAUACAAGAAACGUUCAGUUUCUCAGGUCCACAGGCCGAGCGAUCCAGAGAUGAGCGCAGCAGAAACUAAAGCCGACCUUUGUGGAGGUCCUCGGCACGACCAGGAGUCCAGCUGCCGAGGAUCUGCUUGUUACAUUUCAUUGUAUAAGAAGCUGAGGGUGAACAUCAACGUCCCGAUGAAGACGGAGCAGAAACAGGAGCAGGAGACGACUCACAAGAACAUCGAGGAGGACCGAAAGCUCCUCAUCCAGGCUGCCAUCGUGAGGAUCAUGAAGAUGAGGAAGGUCCUGAAGCACCAGCAGCUUCUGGCUGAAGUCCUCAAUCAGCUGUCAUCCCGAUUCAAACCCCGAGUCCCCGUCAUCAAGAAAUGCAUCGACAUCCUGAUAGAGAAGGAGUACCUGGAGCGAGUGGACGGCGAGAAGGACACGUACAGCUACCUGGCCUGAACGCCGCCCGCCUGGCGGCUCUCCUCAGUUUUAUUUUUAUUUGUUAUCUUCAUUUUUUUUUUUUUAAUUUUAUGUCUGAGUAAUAAAGUGAGGAUCCCUCUGAGCGGCGGACAUGUUGUGAGUGUGUCGCUGACCAUGUGGCCGCCCUGAUAUGACAACAACCAACCUGAGGGGACGAGGGUGUGAACUUUGUGCUCUCCCUUCACUGAUGAAGGAACAAAACCCCUCCUGUUGAGACUGGGAAACCCCGUCUACACGCUCACCUGUCCCGUCCCAUCUGUAGGACUCAAACACACACACACCCACACACACACACACACCUGUCAUAUUGUAAAUAACCACAGACUCUAAGAGGAAAAAAAACAAACCCUGCUCCCUUCUUUACAUAGCGCAAACGUAAUGAAUUAGCCUACAGCCAAUCAGAGGAGAGCCGCAUCCAAAGGUUUCUGCAUGCUACUGCCUACCUGCACCACAGUGACCACGAAAAAGAUUAAAGAGUUAAAAAUAAAAAGUCGAGUCACUGGGCAGCCGACGCAGUCCACCGUACGACGGCACGAAAUCAACGCCGGUCCUGUAAUUAAAGUCUGCGACUGAACCUGGAGGAGGAACAGGUGGUGAGUUCAGAGCCGCCAUGACGCUUCUUUACCCGCUGAAGUCGUCUCUGUGUUUGCUUUGAGGUCGGUUGGGUUCAUGCAGGAGGCCUGUUUCAUUACUGAACGGUGGACAUUUGUAUAGUGUGGUUCAUUUUCUAAAUGUGUGAUAAAUAAAAACAAGGAAAGAUUUCUCUAAA